AUGACUCUUGGCUCAGGAGGAUCCAGCGUCGUCGUCCCUCGAAAUUUCCGGUUGCUGGAGGAGCUCGAAAGAGGGGAGAAGGGCAUUGGGGAUGGUACAGUAAGCUAUGGUAUGGAUGAUGGAGAUGAUAUCUACAUGAGAUCCUGGACUGGAACCAUCAUAGGCCCACACAAUUCUGUGCAUGAAGGGCGUAUAUAUCAGUUAAAACUGUUUUGCGACAAAGAUUACCCGGAGAAGCCUCCCAGUGUUCGAUUCCAUUCUCGAAUUAACAUGACCUGUGUAAACCAUGAAACUGGUGUGGUUGAACCGAAAAAAUUCGGACUUCUGGCGAACUGGCAGCGAGAGUACACAAUGGAAACCAUACUAACACAGCUCAAGAAAGAAAUGGCGGCCUCGCACAACCGUAAGCUCGUCCAGCCUCCGGAAGGAACUUAUUUCUAG